UACAUUUCGUAUGUUGACAACUGCAAUCAAUGCAUUAUUCAUCAUCAUAGUUUUAUUUUUGUACCGCUAAUCACUAAAUUUUCUAAUAUUAAAUGGUUUAGAAAUAAAAUAUUUGGCACUGGUUGAACAAUAUAUCAGAAUUCUGCCAUGGCAUAUCAAACGUUGCGCCAGGAGUAUUUCCAGAUUCCGAUUGUUACGCGGGCUUACACGACGGCAUGUGUAAUCACAACGUUAUCCGUGCAUUUGGAAAUAGUAACUCCGUUUCAAUUAUACUUCAACCCUACGUUAAUCCUGAAGCAUUACCAACUAUGGCGAUUAGGAACCACAUUUCUAUUUUUCGGAACGUUCGGCUUCAACUUUCUGUUCAACAUGAUAUUCACCUAUAGGUACUGUCGGAUGCUGGAAGAGGGAUCUUUCCGGGGACGAAGUGCGGAUUUUAUUAUGAUGUUCCUGUUUGGAGGUGUUCUCAUGACUAUCUUUGCGUUUUUUGUUAGCCUGCUCUUUCUUGGACAAGCGUUCACGAUAAUGUUGGUUUAUGUAUGGUCUCGGAGGAAUCCAUUCGUUAGAAUGAACUUUUUCGGUAUACUAAACUUCCAGGCGCCAUACCUACCUUGGGUGUUACUAGGAUUUUCAGUGCUGAUUGGCAACACUGUUUGGGUAGAUUUGAUGGGAAUAGUCGUUGGACACAUUUACUACUUCCUAGAGGAUGUAUUUCCGGAUCAAAUCAAUGGCUUCCACGUUCUGAAAACUCCUCAGUUUCUGAAAAACAUUUUCGAUGAACCGACUGAAGAUCCUGAUUACAACGCAAUGCCAGAGGACCGUCCUGGUGGUUUUAACUGGGGACGAGAACAAGCAAACAAUGCAAACGAAGCACAAAAUAAUGAGCGGCGGAAUGAUAACUAAUCCCACGAAACAACCGUUUUUGAAAUAUUACACUUUGACGAAUGGAGAUGCAUGUAAUUUUUGAUGUGCUCAGAUUUUGUUGUUUACGAAUUGUUCAUUGAG